GCAAUGAUUGGUUGCUCCUUUGUCGUGCACAGGAAAUUCUUUGGAGAGAUUGGACUUCUCGACCCUGGGAUGGAUGUGUAUGGAGGGGAGAACAUAGAGCUCGGCAUCAAGGUGUGGCUGUGUGGUGGCAGCAUGGAGGUCCUGCCCUGCUCCAGGGUGGCUCACAUCGAGCGCAAGAAGAAGCCCUACAACAACAACAUCGGGUUCUACACCAAGCGCAACGCCCUGCGGGUGGCCGAGGUGUGGAUGGACGACUACAAGUGGCACGUCUACAUUGCCUGGAACCUGCCUCUGGAGAAUCCAGGUAUUGACAUUGGGGACGUUUCUGAGAGAAAAGCAUUAAGGAAGAGCUUGAAAUGCAAAAACUUCCAGUGGUACCUGGACCACGUUUACCCAGAAAUGAGAAGAUACAACAACACCAUUGCUUAUGGCGAGCUUCGAAACAACAAGGCCAAGGAUGUCUGCCUGGACCAGGGCCCCCAGGAGAACCACACGGCCAUACUGUACCCGUGCCACGGCUGGGGCCCGCAGCUGGCACGUUACACCAAGGAGGGCUUCCUCCAUCUGGGUGCCCUUGGGACCACCACCCUUCUGCCCGACACCCGCUGCCUGGUGGACAACGUGAAGAGUCGCUUCCCACAGCUCCUCGACUGUGAGAAGGUCAAGAGCAGCCUCCACAAACGCUGGAACUUCAUCCAGAACGGUGCCAUCCUGAACAAGGGGACAGGACGGUGCCUGGAGGUGGAGAACAGGGGCAUGGCUGGCAUCGACCUCAUUCUUCGUAGCUGCACAGGGCAGAGGUGGACAAUUAAAAACUUCAUCAAGUAAAGGGUGGAAGAGUCGGAGGAGUUUGACUUGAAACAGGGCUGACUUGGACUGGUCUGACUGGACUCCUUUGGAAAGGACAAAAUAUCAAAACAGAGCUUUAUUCAUGUUAUUAGGAGAGGACAUGGGGGAAAUGGGCAUUUGUGUCUUUUUAUUUUUAUUGUGUAUUAGUCUCCCACAGCUGAUUCCAACUGUGUGAAAUUGGGUCAGAACUGCUAUUUUCUUCUAGCAAGCACUCUAAAAGGUACCACUUAUUUCUGCUGGAAUGACUGUAAUAAGCUCAUGCAGUCUUGUGAGCAUUUUACUGACAGGGAAUUGUUGCUUUCCCAGAUGACUCGAAGCUCUCCUGAAGGGCCAGGUAGGUUUGCACCGUGAUUGGAGU